AUGUCAACAAAGGAAGGACUUAUAAGGGUGAAAAUGUUAGUCACUAUUUUGUUGUUACUGACAGGACACACCAGCUCUGUAAACUUCUCCAACAUAAUCCAGCAGUAUACGCUAAUUUGUGGACAAUCUCAUAUUUGCAACUCGUCAACAUUUACUAAUAUUUCAUAUCCGACAAGAACAUACGAAGGUCCAAUAUUUUGUCCUAAAUGUGCAUGUGAUCAAAACUGUAUGCAACGGGAAGACUGCUGCCCAGAUAUUCUGUUUCCACAUUCAGCGCUAACGUGUCUUAAUCUUGCUUUAUAUGAAAAAACCAAUGUGAAGAAAUAUGCAUUGGCUGUGGCGGAAUGUCCGACAGGAUCCCCGGAUGAAUUAUCCAAUCGAUGUUCUGGGAACUACACUAGUAGGGAUAAGUUAACCCUGACCCCAGUGUCGUCAACGACCAGUUUGACUGUUUACAGAAACAGGUUUUGUGCUGAAUGUUUUGGGGAAGCUAACACCUCCCCAUGGUCCCUGAGUAUCGACUGUCCGGGCAUGAUUGAUCUAAACCAUCUUACUUCCUAUGACAUCAUUUUGGAAACGAUUAAUGAAAGCGCAUGCUCUAUGGUGUAUCGAUCUCCAAAUCGUCGAAAAUAUGUCGGUUGUGAUUCACCGGAACUUAGGGAAUACAGAAAGGUCGAGGUGUGCAACAUCACUGGAGCGUGGCGUAAACACGACCCCGACAUAGAAUGGGCGUGCCGCACUGUCGACCAACCAUAUAAGUACUACAGAAACAUCUUCUGCUUCCUUUGUAACCCAGGGCAACACAGGAGAAAUGAUCACGUGAUUGAUAGAUGCAAUCAAACAGGAGCAUGGGGAACAUUUGAUAAAGACCUGAAGCGCUCAUGCGAACAGUUGACCCCAACAGUUCCAGAGUCAUAUCCUUUCAAAAACAUCUUCUGUUUUCUGUGUAACAGAAAUACCAACAGCAAUGAUAUCUUCAUGGAUGCCAAAAUCGAAAUAGAAUCUGAAAAAUACUAUCGAGAAAAAUCAUCAUAUAGUUUCAAAAUAAAGUUUUUCACGAAUUUAAAUGUUCAAACACAAUACCAAAUGGAUCCAUUCACAGCGAGAGAUGCUGCCAAUACAUCAUCGAUAGUGAGAGACACAGUAAGGAAGGUGGACUUACGAAAAUUACUUUUUAUGCAUUUCUUGCAUUACGGCCAUCAGACCUACUGCAACAAGUCACUGUCCUUUUAUGAUGUUCGUGAUACAAUCGCUGGCAACUUGACAGAAUGUGGUUGUGACGUCACAUGUGUUUUGACGUCAGAUUGCUGCGCUGAUUUCGCAAUAACAUCUCCAGCAAUUGUUCAGAAAAACAUUGCUGGCUUUGUUGUAUCAAAAUGCUAUAACAUAACAGAAAUAUCAUAUUUACUGGUAUCAUGCGAGAGUAAUAACGAGGAGAACUUUGCCAACAUACCGAUCACUUCUACACGAUCAAAUGUUGUGUAUCGGAACAUCUACUGCUUCUUAUGUAAUGAAGGACAAGAUAUGUUACAGUCAAUAGAUCACACUAAAAAUAUCGAUAUAUCUCUCUUCAAAAACAUGUACAAUCCAAUAAAUUUAAAAUUAGUGUGUAACUUCCUGAUGAAGUAUGAAGAAUAUUAUCUGUUAAGUGAAUUCAUAAAGGCCAUAGAGCACAUAGAACAUUUGAAUGGCAAAGAAAAAUGUAGUAUACAUUUCCCUUUAUAUAAGGGAGAGAACAUGUUUCAAGUUCGUACAGUUUCUACGUGUAAUGUUACGGGGCAGUGGGAAGGGUACGACCCAGAUGUACUGUGGGCUUGUGAAAAUUACAUACCAGACAUCACUCAAUAUGUUAGGGAUGACAUAACCGGAUACAGUAAUAUAUUUUGCAAAAUAUGCAACACCAAUUCAAGCCACGAAUCACCUAUAGAUACGUGUGAUAGGAAUGGACAUAUUGAACCAAUGGACAUCGUCAUGGCAACAAGAUGUGAAGUCUACCCGAGGGCGCUUUCCAAGCCGAUAUAUAAGAACACGUUUUGUUCUGAGUGUUACACAGUGCAAAGAACAAAUUUCCACCCGAAACAGGACCUGUUCCAAAAUUUCCACUUCAAGAAGCAAGAAAAGUGCAAUGAGGAGAGCAUUAUAGAAAUGGCGUCAAUGGUAGCUUCGACAUACAGGAAAAUGUUCACUUUUAGAGGCCUAACUGAUAAUAGUGGUUUUCACGAAGCAAAUAACACGAAUUUCACUGGACGGUGUCAAAAAGAUGAAGUAUUCGAUCCAAAGAAGGAUGUGUGUCGCCAACUUUUCUGCUCGGAUGGUAAGUACAUCUCCGGAAAUGCUUGCCGGCCAUUUUUACCACACACGACGCUGCUUGGUUACACGUUGGCGGUGCGUGUUGAAGUUACCUUCGCACAGAAUAGCAAAACAGUUGGCGAAGUGAUAGAGCCGCUGAGACACGCCAUCAGAGAUUUUAUUUCGAAAAACCUUAAAAUUAUGCAUGACGGCAUUGAAUAUGUGUCCAUUUAUCUUUUUACACAUCAAGGCUGCGAUUCCGUCAUAGAUCCGACAGGACAUCACUUCUUAUUGCACACUUCUUUCUUUCUUCCUGUAAUGGUUGAAAGACUAGAAAUUGAAAGCAAACUUGUCAAUAUGACGUCAUCGUAUUUCAGCACAAUGUUCUUGAAUACGUUAUGUAAUGUAACGUUGUUGUACGACGAAGCGGCUGUCGACCUGCCAACCACAAUACAUACAACUGACCUAAAGGAUAGCUGCUUCGUUGUCUCAUAUAAAAAAUUUGGCUACACAUCAAAUAAAUAUAAGAUGAAUUAUGUUUCAAAGUUUUUAGCUUGCCAGCAGGUCGAAAUCGACCACGACCAGUAUGAAUCUGACCCUAAUACUUUCAGUGUCAAACUUUUGCCCAAAGGACCUAGGUUGCACUUCGGCGAAUUUCGACGGACUGGUUCCUAUAAACGCAUACAAGUCUGUAUCGAGGACUUCGAGAAGAUGAUGACAUCAAUGACAAAGGAAGAUUCUGUACAGAAUUCGGUCAAGUAUAUUCUUCAAGUGAUGUCUUUUGUAUGUGUCUGCCUAUCAGUUCUUGGACUGUUUGCAACAUUUCUUACUUACUGCUUUUUUUCGUCUCUUCGAACCCUUCCAGGUAAAAACAACAUGUGUUUGAUAGCAUCUCUGUUUUUCUCCCAGUUUCUCACACAACUUGGUAUAUCGCAACCAAAGGAUAAAACACUGUGCGCCACGUUUGGUCUCCUGAUUCAUUACUUCUGGCUGGCAACAUUUUUUAGCAUGAAUGUGUGUUCUUAUCACAUGUUCCAGGUUUUUGUGUUACCAUUGAAUCAGGUGAAAAAUAUGAGAGCAGAGCGGUUAAGACAUAUCCGGUACCUUAGUUACUGUUUAGUCUUACCCGCAUUUAUCAUUGCAAUGUACGUAACUAUUUCUGUAAGCGAGACCGGCAGUAUCGGAUACGGAAGUGACGUCAAAUGUUUUAUAUCAUCUUUACCCGCCUUUAUUGCUACAUUUAUUGGUCCUGUUUUCGUGAUCUGUUUGGCGAACAUCGUAUUCUUUUCUAUCACAGUAUAUCACAUUUCAAAAGUUCCUCACGUCUCGUCUAACAAGUCAUCGAGACGAGAAGUUAGUGUCCACAUCAAACUCUUCUUACUGACUGGUAUUUCGUGGAUAUUUCAGCUCAUCGACUCUUUCGUUCCGGUGUCUAUUUUUUCGGUUAUAGUAAACUUUGUAAAUGGUUCUCAAGGCAUUUUCAUAUUCGUUGCUUACUCGGUAAAUAGUAGGGUACGUUCGUUCUAUAAAGAUAGUUUAUCUUUUCGGACGUCCUCAUCAGUAAACAAAUCGAAAACAUCGUCGUCGGACAACAAACAUUCGGAGACGGUUACCACAUUACCAGACCGAAAACAAGAGACGGUUACCACAUUACCAGACCGAAAACAAGAGACGGUUACCACAUUACCAGACCGAAAACAAGAGACGCCUAUCACAUUACCAGACCGAAAACAAGAGACGCCUAUCACAUUACCAGACCUAAAACAACGAGAGACAAUUUAG